AAAGGGUUGUGAAAGAACCACAUGUUUUUUUUCGCUCGGUUCUUUGAUAUCGUUGGGAGAUAGAGAUGGAAGAGCUUCUUUUCAUAACGAAUAGUAGCGAAUCUCCAUGGACAAUUUCAGCUAUAGACAUUAGUACGGGAAGUCCUCUAGCAACUUAUAGGAAUGGAAUAUGUAGUGAGAAUGCUUUCAAUUUAGUAAAUAAUGAAUAUUUGGUGGGAUCAAAUAAGAAUUUUAUGUAUAUAUGGAGACUACAUCAAGAGGGACCUGCCCAAAAGAUAUUCUUUAGGAAUUCAAUAAAUUGCUUCGAUAUAACUCUAGAUGGUAAAUUUCUAAUUGCAUGUUUAGGUGAAAAAAUAUCAGUUUUUGAGUUGUCUACUGGAAGCCAAAUAUGUAAUUUAUCUGCUCACUAUUUGCCUAUUAAAAAAAUCAAAUUAGCUCAAGACGAUUCUUUUUUCGUUACCGUUGGUUCGGAUUCUUUCGCUGUUCUUUGGACAUUGAAAAAUACCGCAAAUGAAACUCAUCAAGAAUACGAACUAUGUCGAUUGAAUGGGCAUAGUGGGGCAAUAAAUGAUGUUUUUCUUUCACAUGGAGGAUUAAACUGUACAAUUUACACUGCAUCAUCCGAUCACUCUUGUAUUCUAUGGAAUACAAAAGGAUCAGUAUUAAAAAAAGUUGUUUGCCAAAAUGCGUUACAAUGUGUUACUGUUGACUGCCAAACUGGUGUUAUUUAUCUAGGCGAUGCUAAAGGCAAUAUCAUAUUGAAUAAGAAUGAUUCAACUGUAUCAAUAAAAGCCGCAAGUUCUGAAAUAAGAUGCUUAUCUUUAAAUAUCGAUACAUCUGUACUUGCUAGCGCAAGCACAGAUAAAACUGUUAAACUCUGGAACAGUUCUCGAAAAGAAACCAUUGAUUGUAUAAAAGUAAUUACAUUAACAGGAUUUGCUACUAAUUUACAAUUUUUUAUGGCUCCUUCCGGUUUGGGAUUGAAGAAAUCAAAUUUAACAUUGGAACCAAUACCUAUAGCUAAAUCUAUGCAGAGUUCUAAAGAAAAUAUGAACGUAUUAACUAAAAUAAUAAAUCAAUCUGUAAGUUUAACAUUCAGGAAGGCCUUUUAGAAAAUCAUUUUCACUAAUCAUGUUUUAUAUCUGUUGAUUAGAGCUAAAAAAGAAAGCGAAGAUAUGUUAAAAGAAUAUUUGGCUAUAUUUUUUUAUAAACAUUUAUUGCAAAUCUAUUCAAAAAGUUGUAAAGAUCUUCAUUAAAAGAUUAUAUGUAGAUAUUCUAAGGAAAGUAUAGAAGUAAAUUGUGAAAACUCAUAUAAUAAAUUACAAAAAAUUUGUUGAAACAUUAAAAAUGAUAUUAUGUAUCAAUUAAGGCCACGAUAGAUUAACAAUUGUCAAUAGUUCUAAAGCAGUAGUCUGUUUUUUUGAAGCAGAUGCUGGUAAUCUGCAUCGUAAAGAGUCUUUGUCUCAAAUUCCAGAUGGUUUCCAUUGAUUUACUGCUCUUGUCUCCUGUUGAGCACUGUUCAAUUUUUUUUUCACAUGAUCUUUUUCCCCCUACUAUUUCCCAUACUUCAUCUAUAUCUUGAAUAUUUAUCAAAGUGCUCCAUAUUUCUAUUGAAAGGGCAAACACUAGUAAAACAACUACGUCUCGAAAUGUCUUAGAACGAACAGGAGUGCUUAUGUUGCAGUGUCUUCUAGUUACUAUCAACCUAAUGCUAAUUUUUUUCAGUAAUUUGAUUGCAGUUUUAUAAGCCUAGUUCAAGGUUGGCGUUAGCCUAUUAAUCAUGCUUUGAAUAUCAAAGAGUCUUACAUUAUAGUAAGAAAAAUUUAUUAUUUCAAAAACCUUGAACAAACUUGACAAACAGAAAACGUAUCCAUAAAUAUGAGAUAUAGAGUA